AGAAGCAACAUUUUAAGUUUUACACAUUGGCCAUUGCUUCACUCUUUGGCUCUUGCAGUCUUGCAGACCUCAAAACCCUCUCUCCCUCUCUCUCUCUCUCACACACACACACACACACACACACACAAACACUUCCCCUCUCUCUCUCUCUCUCUAAAGCUCUGUCCUUUAGAUGGAAGACGAUGACGAAUUCGGAGAUCUCUACACAGACGUUCUUAGACCCUUUGAAUCGUCCCAAUCAUCUUCUGCGCCGCAGCCCCACCAACCCUCCACCGCACCCCAACCUCACCGUCCGAUCGAUCUCAACCUCCGUAACGAAGAGGACGAGAUCCUAUAUGCAGCUCCUCACUCUAAUCCUUCUCUUCCCCACCCACCGAAUACCCAAACCCUAGCUCCCGCCGACCCUGCCCCCGCCAAUGUGACUAAAGAUGCGGAUUCAGCAGGUGGGUCUAGGGUUUUGGAGGAUAAAGGUGUUGAAUUACCAAAAGUCGAUUCCGUGGAUUCUAAUAUCGGUGGUAAAAGUGUGGAUUUGAUGGACAAGGAUGUCAAUUUCGACAUCGAGGAGGAUAACAAUGAAACUGAUGAUAUGGGUUUGGACCCGGUGAUUCCAGGGCUAUCGGAAACCUUGCCGGUGAAUGAUUCGGCGGUCAAUAUAGGAAACCCGGAAGGUUCUAGACUGGAAGGCGAGAGAGGCGAAGAUGAUUGGGACAGUGACGAUAGCGAGGACGAUUUGCAGAUAGUGUUGAAUGAUAACAACCACGGGCCUAUGGCUAUGGAGAGAGGCGGAAUAGGCGGCAACGCUGAAGGCGACGACGACGAUGAAGACGGGCUCGUUAUUGUGGCUGAUGGUGAGCUGAACCAACCGACGGAAGAGCAAGAGUGGGGUGAAGACGGAGCACAGGCGGCUGAAGGUGAGAGAAAGGAGAUGGGUGAAGCCGGGAAGGCUGUUGGCGGUGGCAGCGUGGUUGCACCCCCCAAAGUUGGGUAUAGCAAUCAUGGGUCUCAUCCAUUUCAUUCUCAGUUUAAGUACGUAAGACCAGGUGCUGUGCCAAUGACUGGACCAGCUACUUCUGGCCCUGGAGGAGUCCCAGGUCAAGUUCGUCCGCUUGUAAAUGUGGGUCCUGUAGUUGGUCGAGGUAGAGGUGACUGGAGACCGACAGGAUUAAAAAAUGCUACUCCACUGCAGAAGAAUUUUCAUUCAGGCUUUGGUAUGCCUGGCUGGGGCAACAAUAUGGGCGGUCGCGGUUUCGGUGGUGGGCUGGAGUUCACACUUCCUUCACACAAAACCAUAUUUGAUGUUGACAUUGAUGGUUUUGAGGAAAAACCUUGGAAAUAUCCUGGCGUUGAUACAUCAGACUUCUUCAACUUUGGCUUAAAUGAAGAAAGCUGGAAAGAUUAUUGCAAACAGCUGGAACAGCUUCGCUUGGAGUCCACUAUGCAAAGCAAAAUUCGUGUUUACGAAAGUGGACGAACAGAACAGGAGUAUGAUCCAGAUCUACCCCCAGAAUUAGCAGCAGCAACUGGCAUUCACGAUUUUCCUGCUGAAAAUGCAAAUCCUGGAAAGUCAGAUGUUGGGCAAAGUGAUUUAGUGAAAGGAUCUGCUCGUCUGCGUCCACCUAUACCAACUGGAAGAGCAAUACAGGUGGAAGGUGGUUAUGGUGAGCGUCUCCCUUCCAUUGAUACCCGACCACCUCGAAUUCGUGAUUCAGAUGCAAUUAUUGAGAUUGUCUUGCAGGAUUCUUUAGAUGAUGAUUCCUCUGCAGGAAAUGGUAUCCCAGAGAAAACUGAAAAUGAUCGCCCUAGAGAGGAUUUUGGUAGAAGUGCUGUUGGUGAAGGAGACCUCGUGCAGGUUGAUAGUGUGUAUUUUGAUGGUUUUCCUGCCCCUUAUAACGACCGAAAGAGGGAGCCGGUUGGAAGAAAAAUUCCAUUCCAUGAUAGCAUACCAGAAGUAGAAGGAAUCUUGCCCUUCCCUCCAGAAGCGCCAGUCCCAUACACGGGUUCUGGGGGAGAGACUCCUAGUUAUCCUGGCGGAAGUUUUGGUUCCACUUUUGAGGAAAGGGGAACACAGGGAAGAGCACGGGAAAGAUCUCCUCAUGUGACUCCUAGCCGGAAUACAAGGGACAAAAAAUUUCUUGACAACCAGAAGGAAGAAUCCGCGGAAAGCAUGGAUGGUAAACGUAGUCCGCUGAUAUCGUCUCCUGUCACAAAUAGGGGUGCCUGCGAGUCAAGUGUUGAGUAUAGAGAUAGUGACCAAGAUGAGCCUGUGCUGGCUGAUGGAAGCUCUGGAAUGGAAAAGGAGGAAAUAGCUACGGUUACUGUAAAUGAUGAACUGCAAGAUGGGCCUCCAAAGCAUAAAAAAUUAAGUUCAAGAGUUGAACAAUCUGCCGAUGAAGAACUCGAUGAUGGCGAGGACUCAAAGGCUGCAAGAAGUAGUGACAACAGCAAAGCAAGAUCUGGAAGCAGCAAGGAUUAUCAGAAGUGGAGGGAUGGGGUUGAGGAGGAAGUCAUUCAAGGACGUUCAACACACAUGGGGGGCAUCAAGAGGCACCUUAAUGAAAAUGAGCAGGGGUUCCAAAGGAAAAACCGUGAUGGUAGACAGGAACCAGAUAGAAGUCACACGGUAGUAAAAGGGAGGGAGGACUCUUAUCCUUAUAAAGACUGGGAUCCUAGCUCUGCUCAUCCAUUGCAAUUGAAAAAUGAUGGGCUUCAUAGGCGAAAGGAAAGGGACAAUCUUGACGGGCCAUGGCAACGGAGAGAUGAUGAACCUUAUGGCAGAAGGAUUAGAACUGAAGAAACAAGGAAGAGAGAGCGUGGUGAUGAAAUGGGAUCCAGGCACAGGAGUAAGGCUCGAGAAAGUGAGCGGAGUGACAAAGAUGAACAUCUUCAGUCAAGAAAACAGUUAGAUAAUGGCAGCUAUAGGGUUUAUCAUGAUAAGGAUGUUGGCUCACGACCCAGGGAAAGAGAAGGUAGUUUGAAGGGUAUGGAUGAUUACCACGGCAAGAGAAGGAAAGAUGAGGAAUAUAUGAGGAGAGACCAUAUAGAUAAAGAAGAUUUUGUGCAUGGCCACAGAGAAAGUACCAGUCGCCGAAGGCGUGAAAGGGAUGAAAUUUUGGAUCAGCGUAAGAGAGAUGACCAGCAGAGAGUUAGAGAUAAUCUUGAUGAUCCACACUCUGUCAGGCACAAAGAUGAAAGCUGGUUGCAGAGGGAGAGAGGUGAUAGGCAAAGAGAAAGGGAGGAGUGGCAUAGGGUUAAACAAUCCCAUGAGGAAAAUAUACCCAAGCGGGAAAGAGAUGAAGGACGAGUUGCUAUAAGGGGUGGGCGUGGUGCAGAAGACAAAGCAUGGGUGGGCCAUCCUAGGUCAAAGGAUGAAAGCAAAGGCUCUGAUAAGGAGCACCAAUAUAAAGACACUGUGAGACACAGUGAACCAUCUAAAAGGAGGGAUAGGGUUGAGGAAGAAAGCUCGAAUCAUAGGGGGCGUGAGGAUGUUUAUGGACGUGGAAAUCAAUUAAAUAAUGAUGAGAAGAGAUCCGGAAAGGAGAGAUCAAGUACUCGUAAUGAACGUGCUGACAACCAAAAGCUCCAUGAUAGAAGACCUAAAGAGAAUACAAGGAAGAAUAAAGAAUCUGAGAUUGCUGAUAACAGCACUACAGUUACUUCCAAGAGACAUCAAGAAGAUCAAAGUGGUCACAGUAAGGAGAUGGGCAUGAAAGGUACCCGUGUGCAAGGAACUGGUGAGGGAAUCCCACAGCACCGUCACUCUUCCAAAAGGCAUAAGGAAGAUGCUUCCUCUGAUGAUGAACAACAGGAUUUAAGAAGGGGUCGCUCCAAAUUGGAACGCUGGACGAGCCAUAAGGAGAGGGAUUUCAGUAUCAACAGUAAAUCAUCAUUAAAGUUGAAAGAGCUUGAUAGGAGCCACAACAGAGGAUCCUCAGAUGCCAGUAAACUUCCGGAAGAAUCUUCCAAACCAGUUGAGGCUGUUGAUAAUCAACAUUCAUUGGUUGAGGAGAAAGAUGCCGGUGAUCAGGAUAUUAAGGAUGCAGACACCAAACAAUUGGAUGCAGACACAAAACCAUUAGAGGACCGGCACCUGGACACAGUUGAGAAGUUGAAGAAAAGAAGUGAGCGUUUCAGGCUUCCAAUGCCAAGUGAAAAAGAAGCAACAACAAUAAAAAAGUUGGAGAGUGAAGUGCUGCCUACCACCAAUAGUGAGACCCUGUGGAAUCUGAGAUUAAACCAGAGCGGCCAGCUAGGAAAAGAAGGUGGAUCAGCAACUGAAUCCAACAUUAAGGAACAGGUUAGUUGGCUGAAUUUCUGUGGCAUGAGGGAAGUUAUGCAUCUCAACUCCCUUGCAGUGCGCAAUCAUUCAGCUUGUUUUGAAAUGGUUUUUGUAGGGUUCCCUAGAAGGCCAUGUACCUCUGCGCUGCAGUAAUAUAAUCUUGUAACCGUGCUGCCACAGCAUACUUAUCAAUGUUUUCUUUUGUAUAUACUGGUGAUUGUAACAUUGAACUGGCCACUAAUGUGGCGCAGGACUGCUUUUAGCAACUAUUCUUAUUUUUGUUGCUCAGGUAUAAUCUUGGCCUAAUUCGAGGGACAUCUAUCAGACCUGGCAAAUGCUGUUCAUUGGAUCCAUGUAGAAGCCAGGCGCCAUGGGAUGCAACACAAGAACUUGAUACAGGCAAGAAGCUUCAAGGCUGAAGAAAAUGAGAGUGAGGAGCCAAUUGACACGAGAGAAGCUUUUCCAAUGUGUUUGGAGAUGACGACCUCACCGGUGAUGGUGAAAUGAAUUAGAACUUAUAUCUGUAUACUGUAUCUUGAUCAAAUUCUUUUACCCCUUUUUCUCUUUUUGGUUAAAAGAAACAGAGAACUGGUGGUGAGCUUGAAACACACGACAUUUGAAACCCAUUUGUAUUUUUGGAACAAGUGAGUUUUAAAAACAACGGAUUAGUAGAAA